AUUUUUUAUUCAACCAGGUGGCAAGUGAUUAGCCCACGGAUUUCUGAAAUUUUUCUAUUUUUUUUACGUUUUUCGGCGGUUUUGUAGAUUUUUUAAGAUGAGCAACGCAGAGCAAGCUGUGGAAUUGUUUGCGCCAGAAACCGUUUUGAAAGCGGGCGAGGAGGUGGCCGAUGCUCCGGCGGACAGUAGGAGCACGUUAGCCGCCGGAGAGGAGGUUCCCGAGGGCAAGGAGAAGCCCGAAACGCCGGAGGACGAGCUCAUCUCCAUGGAGACGCUGCGCGCCUCACCUGUCCAAUGGCCGGAGCGAUUUCCCGGGAUGGACGAGUUCCUCACCAUGAGCGAUACGCCCAUCUAUACGCGCACCACGGACUACGCCAACAACCUGACCAGCGAGGACAUGGCCAAGAUCAAUCAACUAUCCCUGCUCAGUCCCGAAGAGCUGAUCGAUAAAAUAAAGUCGAUGCAUGAUGAGAUCUAUCAGCUGGGCCUGCGUGAGGCGAAGGAGAUGACCCGAGGAAAGCUGCUGGGCAUCUUCGACCGAGACCGCCUUCCCAAGCGGCAGCCGUGAGCCACGAUCAUUCGAUCCCAGUAAAUGGGACCACCGAAGAUCUCGUCGAUGUCUAAUUAAGAACUUAGCCGUAGUUUAAACUGUACAUAAUAGUUUUUAUAGUAAGUAAUGCACGUUGAGGAUGUAUCACAAUUUUACAAAGAUAAAAACUCGAUUGAACAGUAA